AUGUCGACCCCGAAUCCGCGUGGCCGUCGGUCAACGCGCAAUUCGAAUGAUGAGACUCACACCCCAUCGGGAGACACAAAAGGAACAGGACUUCAGCGCCUACCGAGCCAUACGCGAUAUCCACUCACGCCUAGUCGCCUCGUUACCGCCGCUACUCCAUCCGCCCAGCGGUCUGCUUCUCGGUUUACCCCCCGAGCUCGAGCUGUGGGGGCUCCUGCAACGCCGUAUGGACUGCGCGCACGACAGCAGCGCGCUAUAAACACUCCUGGUCGAGACCGGCGGCGCAGUGGCAAGGUACAACGGGAGACGACGUUUGAUAUCUUGAGAAACUUGGGUAGAACGCUUGCGCCGAUAUCUCGCCCAAUUGAAUCAUCACCGCAAGAAGAACUACAACCCAUUGAGAGGCCCAAGGACGAAAUUGAGGAGCUAGACAAUGAGCCAGUGGUUGACCCGCCCCGGCUUUCGUUGCCUAUCCAGGAGAGCGAGUAUGGGAGUGAGGAAGCGGCCUCCGAGACGCCGCCACCUAGGAUGUCUUUAGCUUUUGAUGAUGAAGAUAUCACAUAUCGAUCCGUCGAGUACCCUCGAGAUCUUGCCAUUCGAGACCGGCAACGACUUUCCAUGAUGCCCGGCACUGGAAGACCCAGUGAGAAUUUCGAAGCUAUCCAAUUAGAAAGCGACUCUGAUGACGGAGACGAGACGGGUAUUGUGGGUGAAUAUGACGUUCAAGAUGAUACAAUGGUUAGUGGGGGUGAAUUUGACCGAGGUGGAGAGACAGAGGACCUCGGCCGGUUCCAUUUUGAUCUCGAUUUUCCAUCUCCGCCUGCAGCUCCAAUCGAUGACCCAGGGGAUGAGCAUCUAGGCGAUAUGGACGGAUUCGAGUUGUCUGCGCCGGAUAUUCAUCCAAUCGCUCGGUCAUUUCCCUCGGAUGAUGGCGAUGACGCUGGUGGUGACUUUAUGGGCUUUGACGGCUUCGAUCUCGCACAGCCUGCUUCCCGAAGCCAGAGCCCCGGUAUGAUUGGCGGUGGCCUGCGAGACGAGGGCCUGCCUGUGCAGAGCAAGGAGAAGAAGCUUUCUAGACACGGAAUUCCUGUUCCAAAUCUACCUAUCGGUGUGGUCAAGAAGCUAGCCACACGUUUUGCGCGCACGAGAGCGGGGUCAAAAACACGCCUCGACAAAGCUGCAAUGGCUGCCAUUGAGCAGGCGUCUUCGUGGUUCUUCGAGCAAGCCAGUACUGACCUGGCAGGAUACUCUAAACAUGCGGGAAGAAAGACGAUUGACGAAAGUGAUGUCACCAUGCUCAUGAAAAGACAACGCCUUAUCAACAACUCAACAACCAUGUUUUCCUUGGCGCAAAAGUAUUUACCUAAGGAGCUCCAGCAAGAUAUGAGACUGGCUAUGCCUCCGUGA